AUGGCCAUGGAGCUACCAACCUUGUUCUUCCCCCUCGACCUACUGCGAAUACGGUAUUCGUAUCGACCUCUGCUCACAAUUCUGGUCGUUGCAGUAUUUUCCGAAUCGAUUUCGGGUCUGGUUCAAAGUCGAUCAGGUUUGGUACGGUAUCGAUCAGCGGGAGUUUUUGGAAACAAACGAAGAUUAUGGACAGCGUCAAUGGGUGUUAAAUCGACAUCGUUGUAUCGAUGGAGGAACGCAUACCGCUCUUAUCAGUCGUCGAGAAUCUGCGCCACAAAGCAAUCUUUCAAGGAGGGUUUAGAAUCUCGAAUUGAACCACUCACUGGUGAUCCCUUUAUCGACUGCUGGAAGGCCAACAGUUGGUCGGUGAAUCCGUACGGGGACGAGACCAUAGACGGGAUACUGCAAAGCUUGCACUCGCCUGCACCCCAAUCUUUCUUUGUGCUGCAACGUUCCCUCAAUAUGACGAAAGGCGAUCGUAGCGGGACGGUGGAAUCAGCCCUAGCUAGCUGUCGCUACCUGUUGAAGGAUCGCUAUCACUUCAUUGUGGUGCGUGAGAGCUGCAGGGACGCUGGUGUCGCAAUACAACCAGGGAUAGACUGGAACGUACUCACAAAUACAUCGGAAGUUCCUUCGAACUGGAAGGCAGUAUCGGAUGGGUCGACAAGCGCACAAAGUCUCAUCCAGAUAGCAAACGAGAUUCUGGGUCACGUGUCCUGGUCAUCGGAACUUCAAUGUCCUAUCGACGAAUGCUUUAUAGAUCGUCUGCUGGACUGUAUGGAAGACCGAUUACACAUUACGCUAGGAACCGAUAUAAGAGGGCGCACUUCAGCCGACACAGCUUUCACCUUGGCAUUGGCGGGAGUGUCGAGACAAACGCUGUACCGUGAUCUCGUGCGUAUCGCCGGUUUGGAAAUGAACAGAGUACGGAAACGUACAUCACGGCGAGCCAAAGACGUUGCCCAUAUGGCUGAAAAACUUGCCGCUGCUGGGCUAAAAGGCAAAGAGGUAGAGGAUGUUUAUAGGGUUUCUGCCGGUGUUUUGGGUUUCAAAGGAGCAACGUACGAUAUAGUAGAGAGUAUGAAGACUCCCGAAAAAUUUGAUAUGCUUUGUCCUCGACCACUGAUGUGGCUAUGGCGGUCGUCCUCCAAGCAAGUCAAGCCACGACAAGUUUUACGAGAAGCAGAAGAAGGCAUAGAAAGUGUUUACUCGCAAGUGAAGCUAGACAAUUUCAAAGAUUGUAGGCGUCCUUUGGUAGUCGAUAUUGGGUGCGGCCUCGGUGUGUCCUUAAUCGGGUUGGCUUCUCGGUCUAGUUUUCAUGAAGAUGAUUAUUCACCCAAUCUACUACCAACUACAAAUUUUUCCGAAUGCAAUUUUAUCGGCGGCGAUCUCAGUCAAAUGGCCAUUCGAUUUGGAAGGGGAAUUUCGAAGCGCUGGGGUUUGGCCGACCGACUGCAUUACACUUACGCAUCUGCCGAGCAUUUGGUUGGGAACAUCACUGAGAUAUAUCCUGGAUACGUUGCCCUUGUUUUGAUACAAUUCCCUUCACCAUUCAUCUUGGAGGGAAAGAAGAUUGGCAACACCCAGCUUCCCUCCGGCCCUGACUGUGGAUUUAUGGUUACAGAGUCACUGAUGGCGAACGUCGCUCAUCUCCUGCAAAAUUCCGGAGGUCGCUUGCUUCUACAAUCAAAUUGUGAAGAUGUUGCUGUGCAUAUGAAAGAAAUGGCAGUACGUUGUGGUCUUGCGGUUAUUGCAGCCGACGAUCCCGUCACGGAUCCCCAAACCGAAGGGCUUCCACAGCGUACAAUGGACUGGAUUGGGUCAGGCGGGACGCGUGCAGUAGGACCCGAAUGGUCGCGAACCGCCUUGCUCCCGUACCGAUGCGCUACGGAAACAGAAAUCGCUUGCGAGAUCAAAGGAACCCCGGUUCACCGCUGUCUUCUUGGUUCGAAAUUGUAG